AUGGGGCACCCACAGCACGUGGGGCACCCCACGAGGGCCUGGCUGGGCAGGGUGGAGCUCACCCUGGCUCUCACCUCGCAGGUCUGGUUCCAGAACCGACGAGCCAAGUGGCGGCGGCAGGAGAAGAUGGAGGCCAGUUCCAUGAAGCUCCACGACACCCCCGUGCUCUCCUUCAACCGACCCCCCAUGACCCCCAACGUGGGGCCCAUGAGCAACUCCCUCCCGCUCGACCCAUGGCUGACGUCCCCCAUCUCCGGCGCCACCACGGUCCACAGCAUCCCUGGCUUCAUGGGAGCCCCCCAGGCCCUGCAGCCCCCCUACGGGGGGCACUCCUUCCUCCAGACCCCCCCACCGAUGGCACAGGGCAUGCAGCCCAUGGCCCCUGCGCCCUACCAGUGCGGCACCCCCUUUGUGGACAAGUACCCGCUGGAGGAGGUGGACCAGAGGAGCUCCAGCAUCGCUUCGCUCCGCAUGAAAGCCAAGGAGCACAUUCAGACCAUUGACAAGACCUGGCAGCCCAUUUGAUGAACGCUCCCCUCCGGCCCCUCCA